GCCACUCGCAGCCCAGUCCUCAACUCUAAAGAAGUGUAGCCUGCCUUAUGUCUCUCUGAUAAAACCCCGAAGCGAACAAAACACCCGAGUGGAUCCCGAGGCAGUUUGUUGUGAGGAUGGGUGUCACCUCUGUUUUCUCCGUGUGUCUGGGGCUGGACUGCCGCAGUCUGCUCCUCUUCACCCUGGUCCUCCUGCUGGUGGCAGGGUGUUUGAGGUCCCGUCGGCCCAGCAAUUUUCCUCCAGGACCCUGGGCUCUUCCUCUUGUGGGGAAUAUUCUGUCUCUUGACUUCAAAAAUCUCCACAACGACAUAACCAAGUUGGCAGAGACCUAUGGGAAUGUGUACAGCCUGAAGAUGGGACCUGAAUGGACGGUGGUGUUGAACGGUCUCAGCACUUUGCAGGAGGGUCUCAGCAAAUCAGACCACUUGUCUGACCGCCCUUCAUUUCCAAUCCAUACUGAUGUGAUACCUGAUCUAGGUGUUAUUUUUGCUAAUGGUUAUUCGUGGAAGCAGCAAAGGCGGUUUGCCCUCUCCACUCUCAAAUACUUUGGCGUUGGCAAGAGAUCACUCGAAUCGUCCAUACUGGAGGAAUUUAAGUACAUGUCCAAAGAACUCGCUAGUCAUAAAGGUAAACCCUUCAAUCUGCAUUUUUUAAUGAACAACGCCGUCUCCAACAUCAUCUGCUCCCUGAUCUUCGGUCAUCGCUUUGACUACAAGGAUAAGAAGUUCCUGCAGUUGAUUACGUUGUUGGACAAAGGGGUCCAGAUUGAGGGCUCGGUUUGGGCACAGCUGUACAACUCCUUUCCUGUGCUGAUGAGGCGUUUGCCGGGGCCACACCACUCUCUUCAACAAAUUUAUCGUGGUCUAAUGGACUUGAUGAAAACAGAAAUGGAUGCGCACAGGGAAGACUGGAACCCCUCUGAACCCCGAGACUUCAUCGACUGUUACCUGAGUGAGAUUCAGAAGCAUCAGGACAAGAGGGAUGAUGAGCCAGACGCUUGUUUCGAUGAAGGAAACCUGGUGAUGUGUUCGUUUGACCUGUUCGGAGCUGGCACCGAGACCACAUCCACCACCCUGCGCUGGGGUGUGCUCUACAUGGCCAAAUACACCGAAAUUCAGGAGAAGGUCCAGGCUGAGAUAGACAGAGUGAUUGGACAGUCCAGAGAGCCGUCCAUGGAAGAUCGUGCAAACAUGCCCUACACUGACGCCGUCAUACACGAAAUCCAGAGAAUGGGCAACAUAGUACCUCUUAGCCUGCCUCAUUUAACCAACAGGGACUUUCAGCUGGGAGGCUACACAAUCCCAAAGGGAACUGUAAUAAUCCCCAACCUGACCUCGGUGAUGUUUGACAAGAAUGAGUGGGAGACGCCCAACACCUUCAACCCAGGACACUUUCUGAACAAGGAGGGGAAGUUUGUGAAGAAGGCUGCUUUCAUCCCAUUCUCUAUGGGUAAGCGUGUGUGUCUCGGGGAGAACCUGGCGAGGAUGGAGCUCUUCCUCUUCUUCACCUCCCUCAUGCAGCGCUUCACCUUCUCCAUGCCUCCGGGUGUAGAGGUUAUGCUCAAGGCCCGUUUCAGCAUCUCCCUCUCGCCCCAACCGUUCGAAAUCUGCGCCACUUUACGUGCAGAGUGAUACACCUCAUCAAGCAUAAACACAAUCUCCAGAAAUAUUUGAAAAUAUUCAUUCAUAAAUAUUUUUUGGAGCAGAAAGGAUGACAGCGAUGAUGUCAUUGCUAAUGUUAGGCUAGAUGUUUCCUAUUUACAAUGAACGUCCAGCAGAAUUACAGCUAUAUUAGCAUGUGUUGGUAGUGCGACAUACUCCCUUUAUACUCUGCUUUUGUCUCUAACAACUCGCUUUAAAUCAUAUGGCUCUUUCGCUUGCUAAAUCACAAGUAGGUUGCUUAGUCGUUUGUCUGCCAUUUGGUGCUUAUCAGGUUAGGUGGAGAAGGGAAGUGUUGGCUUACAGUAUAAUCAGGGAGUCAGGGUCUCUGGUGAUCCUUAGAAACUCUUCAAUUUCUUAUGUUAUAUUUUUAAAUCAAGGUCUUUAUUUUUGUACGAGGAAAGGAAUUAAGUAUUGUUGUGGGUCUGCAUGUCUUUAUUGUUAAUUGUGCCUUGUUUCCCCUUGGGGUUUCACAGAGGCACGCAAAAAUAUAUAUAAUAUGACGUAAUAUUCUGACUUUUUAUAACCUGGUACAUCUUUAAGACAUUUUGUGAUGUUUUAUCGUAACAUCUGUAUACAAUGUGGAGGCCUUUUACACAAGUUUUGAAUAAAUGCAAUGCAGGCUAAACAAGAACACUAAACUGGGAGCUAGGUAAGAGGGCAGAUAUCAGGACAACACAGUGAUAAGAAUAAAAAAAUCAGCCACACUGCAGUUCUGUUACGUCCGUUCGAGCCGUAAAUAAUCAACAGAAGUAGAUAAAGAACGUAUGUAGUGAGUAUUUAGCUAUUCUACUCAGAAAAUGGAUGUUUGUUUCAGUUUAUUGGAAAUAUUCCUGAUUUGAUUACAGUAUCACACGGACAGUCCUUAUUAUUAUUUGACAAUGAUUGACAAUCCGACUGUAAAAAGUGUUAUGAAUAUUGACACCGUUUUGUAGGAAGGUUUAUUACUUUCAGCUGCCACACACAAAUAAUGAAUCCAUUGCACAUUGUAUAAACUUAUACAUAUUUUUUCAUGAAUUGUAAAACAUAUUAAAUAUAGUGGUGAACAUACAGAUUAAAUAAAUUCAGAGAAGUCACAA